UAGUAGUGAAGUUCCUUUUGAUAAACAUAUCUGAAUGUCCUCGUUAAUUAAAGUUACAUAGAACCUCACAUUCGUUGAAUGCAAUAGCAAAACUAGAUUGCAUAGUGAACUUCAAGGGCUUUUCAGAUUUUCAAUAAACUAGCGUUGGAAAUUGUUCUGAAUCAACCUUUUCAGAUUCCCAAUGUAAUCAUGUAACUAUAAUAAGCAGGAGAAGGGACACUAUCAAAUGGCAACCAAAGGGAAACACAGGAAUCUGAAUCAACAGAUGGCCUUAGACUCUGUGGACGUAUUUUAUUUCUCAGCAUUAUUUGAUGACGAACAAUUGUUCCCAAUUUCAGAUGAAAAAUAUGCUGAGGAAUUGCAUAUGCAAGAGGCCUUAAUGUCCGCAGCGGCAAUUUCGGUAUUCAAUAAGUAUAAGAGGAUCAAGAAAGAAUUCGAAGAAUUUUCUGGAAUAUUCUGCGUGAUUUGUAAGGACAAUAAGCCAGCAAAUGAAAUGUUCGUGACCAACAAUUGCUCACGUUCUUUCUGUGUAGCCUGCAUCAACAAAUAUGUUACUACCAAAAUAGUACAAGAAAAUGUUAGCGUUAUCAAGUGUCCGGAUAUUGCUUGUAAAGCCGUAAUUAAGCCUAAGUUAUGGCGAGAAAUUGUUCCUGAGGAAGUGUUUGAUAAAUGGGAAAAUACUUUGCCUGAAACUCUUCUUUUGGGUAAUUCGCUGAAGUUGUACUGUCCUUAUAAGGACUGUUCAGCUAUGUUGGUUGUCGAUGGGAGUGACGCUGUGAUAGACACUGAGUGUCCUAAUUGCCGUCGAUUGUUUUGUGCUCAGUGCAAUGUGUCGUGGUAUGACGGAUUGGAGUGUAAGGAGUUUCAGCGUUUGGGCAGAAACAAGAAAGGGAAAGAAAAUGUGAUGCUGAUGGGAAUUGCCAAGAACAAGAAAUGGAGGAGAUGUCCCAAAUGCAAGGUCUAUGUUGAAAAGCGUGAUGGCUGUUUGCACCUAACUUGCCGGUAAUUUUCUCAAUUUCAUUAAUCUUAUUGUUAUUUUUCUGGUACAUAGGAAAAAUUAAAAAGUAACUUAUAAUC